GGGACCAGUCAAGGCCCAACUAGGCAGUCCUAUUUAAGCUCUGCAGCAAACAUUUCAGUCCUGUGAUCUAUUUCAGAUGAAACCACACAAGGUUUCGAAUAGCCAGCAAUGAUGAGGAGCCCCGUCACUCUGUGGACAGUGGCGCUUGCUAUCAUGUGUCUAAUGACCACCACAAGCGGUCAGCUGACAGGGUGUGUAAGCGACAUCAUGUUUGUCUUGGACGCGUCAGCCAGUGUUGGAGUUACAAACUUUAAUAAUAUGAAGAGCGACGUGGAACUCUUCAUCAACAACACCUUCGCGAACUAUCCGAAUGCAAGAGUAGGCUAUCUCGUGUAUGGCACAUCUGUUACCUCAUCUGCAAGUCUCACUGACCAGAGUAGCCAGACGAGUCUGCUCAACUCCCUUCGCGGGGCACCAUACCUGGCAAAUGGCCUAGAGAACACGCACAUUGGCAUCAACACGGCCGCGAACUUCCUGAACAGCCAAGGUCGAUCUGGGUCGCCAAAGGUCAUGGUUGUCAUAACAGACAGUGUCUCCGAUGACCAGACAGCCACUAUCACUGCUGCCUCCAAUGCCAGGAAUGCUGGAACCACCGUGUAUGUUAUUGGAGUGGAAGCCGCUGUAAUAGGCAGCGCUAGUUUGCUUGAUACUUUCAGACAGGAGCUUCAGCAGACUGCCUCAUCUCCAAGCCUUGUAACUGGGCUUGCUACCUACAGCGGUGUAUCCAAUUCCCUGGGAAACUUACCAAACACCAUUUGCAGAGUUGUAAUCAUCAACAACAUGGUAAGCCAAACAGUGUUCACGAGUCAAACUAUCAUCCUGUCUGUGUCGCUGAAUCAAAACGGCAUCACCGGUGGAGUUUGGAGGAAGAAUGGCGGGGAGUCUUCCAAAUGACGGUCGCCUUUCCGUUACCGUGGAUAACCAGGUUCAACGUCUGACAAUAAUCAAUGCCCAACUGAGCGACGCCGCUACAUACAGCUUCACCAUUGCUGGACAGUCUCGGUCUGCAACCAUCACUGUGAUAGCUGGAGUACUCACCUGGACAGGGAGUCAAACCAGGACUAUUGGCGGUACUGCAACAAUAACGGUAAACCUGGUAAACGGCAAUUGUAAUCUUGGUACCUGGACACGGAACGGCGGAGUCGUUUCCACCGGGGGGAGGAUAUCCUACACCAGAAGCGGUAGCUGCGUAUCUCACACACUGACCAUUACCAACGUCCAGUUGUCUGACCAGGGAACAUACCAAUUCACGUACAAUGGCCAACAGGUUUCGUCUGUGCUCACGGUUUCAACGAGUGCUGCUCCUGUCAGUGGUGGAUUCAGCGCGUGGACGCCAUGGAGUCAGCCUCCGUGCAGUGUAACAUGUGGCACUGGAGCUGCAAAAACUGUCUUCAGGUCCAGGACAUGUGACAACCCCGCGCCCUUGAAUGGUGGUGCUAACUGUACCGGUCAGUUCGUAGAGAAUGUUGUGACAAACUGCGGAUUGGUUGGCUGUCCAGUGAAUGGCGGCGUGACGCAGUGGUCAACCUGGAACUCCGGGUCAGUGACCUGCCCUCAGACUUGUGGAACAUCGGCACAGAAAAUCACCGAGAGACGACGUACCUGCACUAGCCCCACGCCCCUAAAUGGAGGAACGUUUUGUGGCGAGACGCUGCUGGAGAUACGUACCGAGUCUUGUGGAUUAACUAACGCCUGUCCAUCUGUUGUAAAUGGCGGCGUUACAGAGUGGAGCAGUUGGACCAACCCAGGUUGUAGUGUGUCAUGUGGCACCUCUGCCACCAAACUGAUCCAGAGGUUCAGGAGCUGCACCAACCCUCCUCCUUCAGCAGGAGGUGCUGACUGUGUUGAGAAUCUCUCUGACAACACGAUGGUCAACUGUGGUUUGACUGGAUGUCCAGUGAAUGGUGGAGUUAAUCAGUGGGGUCAGUGGAGCUCUGCGACCUGUACCGCGACCUGUGGGUCUACGUCCACCUAUCAGGCUACGAGGACAAGGCAAUGCAACAACCCCAUACCAGCCAAUGGAGGAAGCUUCUGUACACAGCCUCUUUCUGAAACAACAUUCUUAUCUUGUGGUCUUCCUGCCUGUCCAGUUGCUGUCGACGGAGGUGUGUCACAGUGGACCGCGUUUAAUGACCCAGGCUGUUCUGUGACCUGUGGAUCCAGUGCUACCAAGUUCAUAACCAGAACUAGACUGUGUAAUAACCCCCCGCCCAGCAACGGAGGCAGAGACUGCGAAACAAUAGGUCUACCACUUGUUCAAACUAAUCAAGUGAACUGCGGACUCGUGGACUGUCCAGUGGCUGGUGGUGUGUCACAGUGGGGACAAUGGUCGAUCCCUGCCUGUACCGUCACCUGUGGAGUGUCAGCCGUCAGGACUAUCACCAGGACCAGGAGUUGCACCAACCCACCGCCGAGCAAUGGAGGAGCCUUCUGUACAGAAUCCCUUACCAACACGGCUUUCCAAAGCUGUGGCCUUGGAGCUUGUGCCGUGGCGGUGGAUGGAGGACUCUCGCAGUGGACACAGUGGAGUGUGGUGCCUUGUACCCGAACAUGCGGUUCCUUCAACACACUGGCUACCCGGGUUAGGCAAUGUAACAAUCCCGUUCCAAGCAAUGGCGGAGCUGUCUGCACAGGGGCAACGUUCCAAACAGGAACUAGGUCUUGUGGACUACCGACUUGCCCAGUUAACGGAGGACUGACCCAGUGGACUCAAUGGAGCGGUCCAGCUUGUUCAGUGACGUGCGGUUCAGCUGCGACCCGCACUUUAACUAGGACACGAUCGUGUACAAAUCCUGUCCCUCACUUUGGUGGUAGUGAUUGUACAGGUCAAGGGAACACAUUCGACAGCGAAGUCAGGAGUUGUGGAUUGUCAGAAUGUCCAAUUGACGGAGGACUGACCCAGUGGACUCAAUGGAGCGUUCCAGCUUGUUCAGUGACGUGCGGUUCAGCUGCGUCCCGCACUGUAACUAGGACACGAUCGUGUACAAAUCCUGUCCCUCAGUUUGGUGGUAGUGAUUGUACAGGUCAAGGGAACACGUUCGAUAGCGAAGUCAGGAGCUGUGGAUUCUCACAAUGUCCAAUUAACGGAGGAUUGACCCAGUGGACUCAAUGGAGCAUUCCAGCUUGUUCAGUGACGUGCGGUUCAGCUGCGUCCCGCACUGUAACUAGGACACGAUCGUGUUCAAAUCCUGUCCCUCAGCUUGGUGGUAGUGAUUGUACAGGUCAAGGGAACACGUUCGAUAGCGAAGUCAGGAGCUGUGGAUUGACGCCGUGUCCAACCGAUGGCGGAUUAUCUACCUGGACACAAUGGAGCGUCCCACAAUGUUCUGUCACCUGUGGACAGAGUGCUACCCGUACUGUUACUCGAACCAGGAGCUGCACCAACCCUGUCCCUAGUGACGGGGGUAGAGACUGUACCGGUCUCGGAGAUACAUUUGAAACUGAGCAAAGAAGCUGUGGUCUUAACCCAUGUCCAAUUGAUGGUGGAGUGACACAAUGGACGCAGUGGAACGACCCCGCCUGUUCCGUCACUUGUGGAGCCUUUGCAUCUAAAACAGUGACGCGCACGCGAAGUUGUACAAGUCCUACUCCACAGUUUGGAGGAAGAGUCUGUACAGAGACUCUUUUUGAAAACACCGUUCGAAAUUGUAAUCUUGCAGCAUGCGCAGUGAACGGUGGUAUAUCUCUGUGGACUGAGUGGGUGGUUCCACAGUGCCUUUUGACGUGUGGAACUAGCUUGACUGAAACUGCUACCAGACAACGAUUCUGCAACAGCCCCCCUCCAAGUAAUGGCGGCUUGAACUGCACGGAGUCCCGUGUCGACACCCAAGUACGAAGCUGCGGUCUUUCGUCUUGUCCAGUUAAUGGUGGAGUGAGUCAAUGGACAACAUGGAUAGAGUCAGGUUGCGGCGCCACAUGCGGUGUCAGCAUUUUCAGGACAGCCACAAGACAAAGAUUUUGCAACAAUCCGUUCCCUGCGUUUGGGGGUAGAAAUUGUUCUGAGAGUUUCUCCCAGACUGAAACCCGAAACUGUGGCUUCAGCCCAUGUCCCAGUAUGUACACGAAGUGUCCUUCUAGACUGUGUAACCUUCCAGGUUGGAGUUGGUCUUCAGUAACCCAUGCCUGUAAGAGGCCACUAACGGGAUCGGGUGGUCAGACUCGCUGACUUGGUUGA